UUAUGCCAUUAUCCGGGCUCUGUGUUGCUAACGGUGUGGACAUCUUGUGUCUGGUGACGUGGAAGGUCACAGGUCAGACAGGCUGUACUGUACUGUCCCUACAGUAGCAGCAGAGAAAAUACCAAAAACUUUGCAAUGUCAAGUUCCUGGACUGACUGAAGAGCUUUGCAAACCUUCAUUUCUAACAGGAAACCGGCUCUAAUGCAGGUCUGACACAGCUCUUCGAAAGGAAAGCACAGUUCCUGAGUGACCAAGGGUGGACAGAGCCAGGCAGGACAGGAACAGCAAGUGUCCAGCAGACCUGGAGGGUAAGGACAAAUAGUGACACGUGUGCGUGUCCAAGAGGACAGAGGUCAGUGGAGGUGUAGGCAUGGCUGGCCAUGUGAGCUUCCCUGGAGAGCUGGCUCCUGAUGGUGGGUGGGGCUGGAUUAUUGUCGCUGCCUGCUUCAUCACGACCAUCUGCACGCGUGCUGUCACCAGGUGUAUGUCCAUCUUGCUCGUGGAAUUUCAGACUCAGUUCUCUAGAGAUUAUUCUGGAACUGCAUGGAUCCCAUCUCUGGUGGACUGCACCACGAUGCUCUGUGCUCCUCUGGGCAGUUAUGUAGGAAAGCGGUGGUCUUCCCGUGUGUCUGUGAUGGCCGGAGGACUCGUGGCUUCUCUCGGCCUCAUCCUUAGUUCUUUUGCCACCAGACUUGAGCACCUUUAUCUGUCCCUGGGCAUUCUCACAGGACUGGGCUUUGCCCUCUGCUACACACCUGCCAUCACCACAGUGGGCGCAUACUUCAGCGAGAGGAAAGCGCUAGCGUACGGCAUCGCCUUCUCUGGCAGCAGCAUCGGAACCUCCAUCCUUGCACCGGCGGUGCAGCUCCUCAUUGAGUUCUAUUCCUGGAGAGGGGCACUCCUUAUCCUGGGGGGGCUGGACCUUCACUUGUGCGCCUGUGGGGCUCUUAUGAGGCCCCUGAGGGUCCACAGGCAGAAGAAUAGCUGCACAGUUGAGGAGGGAGAAUUCGAGGGCAACAUGCUAAAGUCAAAGCAAGCAGAGGCUAAGCUGCGCAAAGGGUUGAAUCUGGAAGACGCGCAGAUUCAACAGAAGUACAAAUUGGAGAUGGUGGGGUCGAACUGUGUUGUGAUAAACGGAGACGAAGUUAAGAGUGGAGACCUAGGAAAUGAGGACAGAUCAGGCAAAGAGCAAGCCGAGGUUCUGCUUUGUAGUGGAGAACAACCAUACUUUGGGGGAACCGGGGUGGAAAAUACAGACUCUGAACAAGCAGGAGUGAAGAUUAUUGAUUCUACCCAAAGAGACACAAACCUUGAAAAGAAAAAACAUGAAGAAGACCCUGUUUUAACAGACAGAGACAUCAAAGAGAACUGGGAAGUGAAUUCAAAGACAGGGGGUGCAAACGGUAUUCUGGAAAAAACAACCAGAGAUUCAAAGCAAAACACAAAUGGCAAGUUUACAAGCAUGAUGCACCCAACAAUCUUAAACACUGAGAGACGUGCAUGUCCUUCACCUUCUAUAUCAGCAAACGCAGAUCUGCCAGGUUCAAAACAACCUGACACAAACCGAGCUGUUUCACAGCUUGCUGCGUUGGUGCCAACGGACUCGAAGAUGCUUUGCGAGAAGGUAUCCUGUAAAUGUGCAGCUCUUAUCGACCAUCGUGCAAAAUCCAGGAGCCGAGCAAAGGAAGGCGAUGCCUGCCUGCAGUUCCCACGAGAGUUCAGCGUCUUCCUGCAGCCGGACGUCCUGCUCCUGGCGGGGUCCUUUGUCUUCUUGGCGUUCGGCUGUAACGUGCCCUUCGUCUACUUGCCAGCUUACUCCCUCAGCAUCGGCGCCGCGCCACAGCAGGCUGCCCUCGUCAUAUCCGUCAUGGGAAUGAUGGGAAUUGUGGGUAAUAUCACUUUCGGCUGGAUCUCAGACAGAAAGUGUUUGAGGGCAUUUCGAGUAGUGACGUACCUGCUUGCCGUGGGUCUGGACGGAUUGAUCUGCCUCUUCUUGCCCCUGUCCAGGACCUUUUCUCUGCUGGUACCUCUUGCCCUUUUUUACGGCUACUUCGAUGGUGCCUAUGUGGCACUUAUCCCUGUGGUAACCGCCAACAUCGUAGGCCCCACCUACUUCUCCUCUGCCCUGGGCUUGGUCUACUUCCUGCAUGCGAUCCCGUACCUCAUCAGCCCACCAAUGGGAGGUUGGCUGGUGGACCGGACGGGCUCUUACAUGCCUGCAUUCCUCCUGGGUGGCACCUCAUUAAUCUGCAGCGCUGCGAUUUUGGCCAUAGUGACACUGGCUCGCUGCUCCUGUAGAGGGCGCUCUCGCUCUUGCAUGUGCAACACCUCCAAAUGA